AUGGCCGCACAGGUGGCACCGGCCUCCGGCCCCAGUCUUGGGGGAACCCCGCCCGCCGCCGCCGGUCCCGAAUUGAAGAAGAGCCCGGGGGAUCCCCCUCCCUCCUCGGUCGAGCCCCAAGCUGAGGUCCCGGCUCAGUCCCCGGCAGACUCCGACCCGCCCGAGGCGGCCAACGGAACCCGAUCGGCCUCGACCUCGUCGCUGCAGGAGCCGGGAGAUGCGCCCGCGGCCUCCGCCGCCUCCUCGCACCCGCCGGGGGGAUUCGGCUUCUCCUCCUAUAACCGGGGUGUCUUCCAGCCUGGCCCCGGCCUGGACUAUCAGCCUCCCGGCGAGGCCUACAACUCCUACCCGGCCUACCCGAAUCGGGCCUACCAGCCAGGAUACCCCCCGCCUCGCCCGACUGCUUCCACAGGCAAGCCCCCGGCUCCGGCCUAUCCCCCUCCGCCGCCGCGGUUUGGACCCGCGCAGCCGGCAGCCGCCACCCCGACCCUGAACCAGCUGCUGACAGCGCCCAGUCCCGGGCGGGGGUUCCCGGCCUACCCCGGGGGAGACUACUCGGAGCAGCACAAAGGACCUGAGGGCUAUGCCGCCGGCUGGGCCGCAAGUCAGAGAGGGGUACACCCGCCCGGGAGCCCCGGCAGCAGCGGGCAGGGCAUGCCCAGAUCAUCGCAGGUCGGAAUCAGUGAAUCGAGGAUUUCCAACAUGUUGGAUUUUGCUGUUGACCCGACCCCGUCAUCGGCAAAACGAGAGAUUGCCCAAGUUGAUGUUCGAUGUAUGGGCCCCAUAAAGCCUGCCAGUCCCAUGGAUCAAAUGGGGAAAAUGAGACCCCAACCAUAUGGCGCCAAUAAUCCAUACAGCCAGCAGCCAGGCCCUCAGCAAGGACAUUCUGGGUACCCAGUGCAGCCUUAUUCUUCACAGACUCCUCAGAGAUACCCAAUAACCAUGCAAGGGCGACCUCAAGGGGCAAUGAGUAUGCAGUAUGGACAACAGAUCACUUCAUAUGCACAGCAGGGUCCUGGGUCCUACUCUCAGCAGAGCCAGUCUCCAUACUACAACCAGCAGAGCCUCCACCCUCCACCGCAGCAAACAACACCACCACAAACCCAAUAUUCUCAGCAACAGCCAGCUCCUCAGUCUUACACCCAACAGCCUUCCUCUUCCCAGCCUCCUCCCAGCCAGCCUGUACAACCCUCUUUCACCCAACAACAGCAGUCUCCAUCUCCGUCACCUUACACACAGCAGCAGCAGGGCCCCCCCACCAGUUCACAAAGCCAGUCAACAUACACACAACAAACCCCACAGUACCCCACUUCACAACAGCAAGGGUCAUCCUAUUCAGCAUCAGGGGCGCAGCAGACGAGUACAUACUCUCAGCAACGUUUCCCACCACCACAGGAGCUCUCUCAGGAUUCCUUUACAUCCCAGGCAUCAUCGACUCCCUCUCUGGGUUCCAGCAAAGGACAGGAUGAUCUUAGCCUCGGGAUGCAGCCACGGCCCUCUAGCCUUCCAGAUCUCUCUGGUUCCAUUGAUGACCUCCCAAUGGGUGCAGAGGGUGCUCUGAGUCCAGGUGUCAGCACUUCUGGGAUCUCCAGUAGCCAGGGAGAGCAGAGCAACCCAGCCCAGUCACCUUUCUCUCCUCAUACUUCUCCCCACCUGCCUGGCAUUAGGGGGCCCUCACCCUCCCCAGUAGGAUCUCCAGCCAGUGUGGCCCAAUCUCGUUCUGGACCGCUCUCCCCAACCUCUGUGCCAGGAACGCAGAUGCCACCACGCCCUCCGAGUGGGCAGUCAGAUGGCCUGAUUCAUCCUACCAUGAACCAGGCUGGUCUUGGUCAGGAGAGAGGGUACAUGCAAAGGAAUGCGCAGAUACCUCAGUAUGGAUCACCACAGCCUGGCCCAGCACUUUCACCACGUCAGUCGUCAGGGGGACAGAUGCAUGCUGGGAUGGGAGCCUAUCAGCAGAACUCAAUGGGGAGCUAUGGACCUCAGGGAGGACAGUAUGGUCCCCAAGGCGGGUACCCCAGACAGCCAAAUUACAACACCAUGCCUAAUGCAGGAUAUUCUGGGGGUGGCAUGGCCCCUCUUGUCGCAGGUGGGCAGAUGCAUGGGCAGGGAGGCAUGCCGCAGUAUGGGGGACGUAUGGGUCACUCUGCAAUGGGCAGCCGUCCAUAUGGCCCAAACAUGCAAAGCAUGCCGCCACAAGUGGGAAGUGGAAUGUGUCCUCCUCCUGCUGGUAUGAAUCGUAAAGCACAAGAGGUCGCUGGCAUGCAUGGCACUGCUAACUCCAUCCAAAACAGGUCUCCAGGAUACCCCAACAUGAACCAAGGUGGGAUGAUGGGUUCAGGACCUCCAUAUGGCCAAGGAAUGAACAGUAUGGCAGCAAUGAUGAAUGUGCAAGGACCUCCUUAUAUGGGAGGCAACAUGGCCAACAACUCAGGCAUGGCUGGCAGCCCAGAACUCAUGGGACUCUCUGAUGUUAAAUUGACACCGACACCCAAAAUGAACAACAAAGCAGAUGGGACACCUAAAGCAGAGACCAAAUCAAAGAAGUCUAGCUCCUCCACCACUACAAAUGAAAAGAUCACAAAACUGUAUGAAUUAGGGUGUGAACCAGAGAGAAAGAUGUGGGUAGACCGUUACCUGUCAUUCACAGAAGAGAAAGCAAUGGGUAUGAACAACCUACCAGCAGUGGGCAGAAAACCCCUAGACUUGUAUCGUCUUUACAUGUCUGUCAAGGAUAUUGGAGGACUUACCCAGGUUAAUAAGAACAAGAAAUGGAGAGAGCUUGCAACAAACUUAAAUGUGGGUACAUCAAGCAGCGCAGCUAGCUCACUAAAGAAGCAGUAUAUACAGUGUCUGUAUGCAUUUGAGUGCAAAAUUGAAAGGGGAGAAGAUCCACCACCAGAUAUCUUUGCCUCUGCUGAAGCAAAGAAACAGGCAAAGAUUCAGCCACCAUCACCGGCUGGCUCAGGUUCCAUGCAGGGACCACAGACUCCACAGUCCACAAGCAGUUCCAUGGCAGAAGGAGGGGAUCUGAAGCCCCCUACCCCAGCAUCCACGCCACAUAGCCAAAUGCCCCCCAUGGCUGGCAUGAGGAAUAACUCAGUGGGUCUCCAGGAUGCAUAUGAUGGUUCAGAUCCUUCUUAUCCAAAACGAAACUCCAUGACCCCUAAUCCUGGGUACCAAGCAGACAUGAUGGGUAGGAUGCCCUAUGAGACAAGCAAGGACCCCUAUGGGGGCAUGAGGAAAGGAGCAGAUCCCUUCAUGUCACCUGGUCAGGGACCCAGUGGAGCAAUGGGAGAUCCUUAUAGUCGGGCUGCAGGUCCUGCUAUGCCAAAUAUGGCACAGCGUCAGCAUUAUCCUUACAGCGGCUAUGACAGAGUGAGGCCAGAGCCUGGUCUUGGUCCAGAAGGAAGUAUUGGAAGUGGAGGUACUCAGCCAAAUAUGAUGCCUUCUAACGCAGACAGUGGCAUGUACUCUCCAGGGCGUUAUCCACAGCAGAGGCAUGAUUCCUACAGUAACCAGUACCCCACACAAGGCACAUCAUCAGGUAGCCCCUAUCCAAGUCAACAGAACCCGAUGUACCAACAACAGAACUACAAGCGACCCAUGGAUGGUAAUUAUGGUCCAUCUUCAAAACGCCACGAGGGGGAGAUGUACAGUACUCCGUAUGCUGGACCGCAGAGUGGGCAAGGUCAACAACAGUCACAACCUCAACAACAGCAGGCACCUGUGUCUGGGGUACCUCCUUCUGGACAGCCCUCUCCUGCUCCUAGUUCACAGCAGACACAAGACCCUUAUGGGCAAUAUGGAAGCAGUUAUCCUCAAGGUGCUGGGGAGCGCAGGCCAACACCUGCUGGGCAGAAUCAAUUUCCUUUCCAAUUUGGCCGUGAGCGGGUGUCUUCUGCCCCUGGAAAUAACUCUCAACCACCACUUCCACCAAGUGGAAUGGGAGGCUCUACAGAAGGGUCUCAACCUGGAGCCAUGUGGCAAGGUCGAGGUGAGAUGGGCUACAAUUAUCAGGCCAGGCCUGGUCCACCUGCAGCCAACACCCAAGGACCUAGUUAUCAUUCUGGAGCACCCCGGGGAGAAGAUAUGCUGCAUGCAGACCAGCGACUUAGCCACGAGAGCCAGUGGCAACCUCAUGUUAAUCGGCAGCAGCCUCCUUAUGUGCCUGCCCCUGGCCCACCUCUGACCCGAGCUCCACCACAGUCUGGAUACCAGGCCUCCCCAAGCAUGCCUAAUCAUCUGCCUCAGGUAGCUAGUCCAGCCGCCCCUCGGUCUCUGGAUUCCCACACCUCACCCAGCAAGUCCUUCCUGAAGAUGCAGAAAGCUGGACCACCUGUGCCUGCAUCACACAUUGUGCCCACCCCACCCCAGCCACCUCUUAUACGCAGGGACAUAACUUUCCCUCCAGGUUCUGUGGAAGCCACACAGCCUAUUCUGAAGCCAAGGAGGCGGUUGACUGCAAAAGAAAUUGGUACUCCUGAGGCUUGGCGUGUGAUGAUGUCUCUGAAAUCAGGCCUCCUUGCUGAAAGCACUUGGGCAUUGGACACCAUUAACAUUCUUCUGUACGAUGAUAAUAGCAUCAUGACAUUUAACCUCAGCCAGCUUCCUGGGUUGCUGGAGCUGUUGGUGGAAUAUUUCCGACGUUGCCUCAUUGAAAUCUUUGGGAUCCUCCGCGAGUAUGAAGUUGGAGAACCAGCGCAAAAGAUCCUAUUAAAACCUUCCACCCAUUCUCACAGCCCACUCAUAGGUGAUGCAGAGUGCAGUGAUGGAGAGGACUGUCAAUCAUUGACAGAUGGAGAUCCCCAAAGUGAAGAUGAGGGUGAGGAGGAAAGGAAAGCCUACUCUGCGCCCUGUACUGCUAAUGAGGAGUCCCAGCGACAUACCAGCAAGUUUGACAAACUCCCGAUUAAAGUAUUACCACGGGAAGAUGCCUUUGUGUUGGACUGCUCUCACCAGUUAGGUCGUCGGCAAGAAUUUGAUAGUGGCCUCUUGCACUGGCGAAUAGGAGGGGGAGACACAACAGAGCACAUCCAGACUCACUUUGAGAGGCGGCCUGAGCUCCCUCUUCGUAAACGUCCUCAAACAAAGCGUAGAUCACGGGAGCAGCAAGUUCCUGGCGUAGAGGAUACAGCUGCCACCAUAGAUGAUGUCCUUUGUUCCCGGUCCAGUUCUUUACCACCAGAAAGAGGAGAGAUCCCACGUGAGGACAAUUCUGAGUUUCCAUUAGGCAGUAGUCCCCAACCACGUAAGCGACAUGGUCUUAAAAUUCUUGAGGAUGAACCACGCAGCAAAGACGAAACCCCACUGUGCACACUGGAAGACUGGCAAGAUGCGCUCUCCCGUCGUUGUGUGUGCAUAUCUAACAUCUUGCGCAGCUUGUCUUUUGUGCCUGGCAAUGACUUAGAAAUGUCAAAGCACCCAGGAUUGUUGCUUCUCCUUGGGAAACUUGUGCUACUCCACCACAAGCACCCAGAACGGAAACAGGCCCCACUUACCUAUGAAAAGGAGGAGGACAGAGAUCAAGGCGUUAGCUGCAACAAGGCUGAGUGGUGGUGGGACUGUUUGGAAAUGUUGCGUGAGAACACACUGGUCACACUUGCCAAUAUCUCUGGUCAGCUGGACCUUUCCCCCUACCCCGAGAGCAUUUGUCUGCCCAUCCUUGAUGGUCUGCUACACUGGGCAGUGUGUCCUUCGGCAGAGGCUCAGGACCCAUUUUUAACAUUGGGUCCCAAUGCAGUGCUGUCACCCCAGAGACUGGUGUUAGAAGCACUGAGUAAAUUAAGCAUUCAAGACAGCAAUGUGGACCUAAUAUUAGCCACACCACCUUUCAGUCGACUUGAGAAGCUGUACGGGACUUUGGUGAGGUUCCUAAGUGACAGAAAAAAUCAUGUGUGCAGGGAAAUGGCAGUGGUACUUCUAGCAAAUUUGGCACAGGGGGAUAGCUUGGCAGCAAGGGCUAUUGCCCUUCAGAAAGGUAGCAUUGGUAACCUGCUAGGUUUUCUUGAGGAUAGUCUGGCAGCCACCCAGUUCCAACAAAGUCAAGCUGCCCACUUACAUGGACCCAACGCUCCCUUUGAGCCCACCAGUACGGACAUGAUGCGACGGGCCUCACGUGCCCUGCUGGCCUUGGCAAAGGUUGAGGAGAACCACACAGAGUUCACGCUGUAUGAAGCCCGUUUGCUGGACAUCUCAGUGUCUCCACUAAUGAACUGCUCAGUGUCACAGGUCAUCUGCGAUGUUCUCUUUUUGAUUGGUCAGUCAUGACGGCUGCAGUGGACAUACUCCCUGAAUAGUUUGCUCCUCCCUUUACCAUACAACGGAAUCCUCCCUGACUGUUGAUUCCAUACCCUCUUCCUAUCCCCCCUUUUUAUUUAUGCAAAAACUACGUCUCAAUCCACUGUCCGCCCCAGAGAGGAGACCUGGCCACCCUUGUGGACCUUCCCCACCUAUUCUCUUCCUCUCUUUUGGUGUUAACCAAAGCUACUGUAUUUCAGUGAAUUUUCUUUGUUUUGUUUUUUUUUUUAAAGGGGGAAGGGGUUCCACUGUAUCUACACUUCCCUCCCCCAAAAUCUACUGUUUAAUAGACCCCCACAGCAGCCAAGGGAUGGGCUCCAUAUUCUAAGGAAAUAAUGACUUCUGAACCACCAAGGAAGGAGAUGAAAACCCUCCUACAGUAUAUCCCAAAACAACUUGCCCUACUCCUCACCUUGCAAUCUUUAGUCUAGAAUUUGUGUGCCCUGAACCUUUAAACAGAAGAAAACUUUAAAAAAAUAAAUAAAAUAAAUAAAAAAAAUCCUGAAGAAAAGACAUUACCUUUUUAACUGUGCUGAGAAACCCCGCAGAGUCCAAUCGGAGCUGGAAAAAAACCCACAACCUCAGAGACUCCAGAUGUAGGUUUUUAAAUGGAGAGCGACAGUGGUCGCUUUUAGUUUCCGGAGGAGAGAGAGACACAGAGAAGUCGCUUUUCCCCCAAAGUUUCAUGUGAAGCAACACCCUUACCUCUUUAAACUUAGAUUGUAAUAAUCGGAGAUCGCCUCUUAUAACUGGUUUUAACCUUUUAGCUUGUAGGUUGCAAGCUGCGAUGUCUGUAUAUAUAUGAUGAUGUACAUUAAAGACACACCUCUUGUAUCACCCUCAACUUUUCCCUCACUUAACCUUCACUACCCUGACAAGCUCUUCUCCCUGGAACUACAGAAAAAGGGGUCACGGUUACUUACCCCAAUACCCCUCUAACUUCCCUCCCAGAGGAGGAACAUCUUACAGAUGGUUUGACCCACGGAAUAGCAGGCUCCCCCAUCACCACUUUCCCUCCUUUUCACCCUUUGUAUAUCCAGCAAUCCUAUCUUUUUUUUUUUUUUUCCAUCUCCAAUCAAGGUGUGAGUUUGUUUUGUUUUUAGUUUCAGUUCCAGAAACAAUUUGACAAUUUUUUUCCAGCGAUUUCUGCAUAUUUGUAGCUCUGAAAAAAAUGUAAAUUUCAGCCGAUUCCUUCUUUGUUUUAUUUUUAUUUUUGCUUAAUGAAUAUAUCAUUUAUUCAGUAUGAAAUCUUUAUACUCUAUGUUCCCGUGUUAAGAAUAAAUGUACAUUAAAUCUU